AUGUUACGCCAGAUUUCACUUGUUGAGGAUGGAUCUGCGGUCCAUCCUUUGACCACAGACAAUACUGGGAACAGUUUAAGGGGUAACAGAUCGAGAUUACCGUCUCUCUCGUCGCUUUUAGGAUCAUCGGAAAAUGGAAAGGAGGAGAAGAUGGGGUUCAGACGACUGGCCAAGAGUCUGUUGCACGGCGAUAAAAACUCAGCUGGCAAGGGCACAGAGUUAGAAGAAGUUUCGCGCGGAGCACUUGAAGACGACAGAGAUUCUCUGAGAUACUACGAAACCGCAAAAAGCUACUCGUUGUCCUCGUCCAAAGCGGCUAAUCGAAAGAUCGUCGGCGAUAUCCGCAACAACAACUCUCGGCAAAGCCAGGUUUCCCGCCAACAUAUCGAAUCUACCGACAGAGACGACACCUUGCUUGCAAGAUUGAUGGAGUCCAAUAUGAAGAUUCGACAAGAAACCCGCCUUGCGUCGAGAAAUUCGGUCACCACCAAAGACGCCGAGCAUGAUGCCGACGGAGCGGGCGAAAGUAGAGGAUCCAACUCCAAACAGCUUGGCCUGGGAAAGAAAACCACUAGUGUAGCUGGAGACAAUGCUUUGAAGAUGAACGAAAAUAUCGUCAACACAACGUUCCAGUUAGACAAGAAGGCCACGAAAGAUGGCAUUCUCGAGGCCGUGAUGAGAGAAUCAAGAGUCAUUAUGCUCUCGAAUAUCCAUUGCAACACAAGUUUGACCAGCAUCAUGAGCCAAAUCUACGGUGGUCCACUGGAAAAAGUGCGGUUGCUUGACAAGUCGAGCUUGAAAGAAGCUGAGUACGAAUUGGGCAAGCACAUCAGCUGGGAUGAUACAUUAUUGCAUCUCUACUUCCAAAAAGAGGAAGACGCCAUGAAGUUUAUGGAGUUUGCUUCCACAGGAAUGUUCAUUGUCAACGGCUACCAUUUACACCCAUCUUGGGUUCCUCGAAGCGGAAUAGUGGACACAGAGGACUAUCUGUGCUACCACGAAAAGGACAGCCAUCAGUCACUGGAGACUAUGGGGGGCCCAGAAAGUGCUAGAAGGGUGCUUGUGUUGAAGAAACCCGUGCUUGCCAAAAGCAAGCUGAAUAGCCAUGUGAGCGCCGAGAAGAAAAGACCCAGUUAUCCAGACCCUAUUCUCAAUUAUUCCAGCGAUUUCGAUCUCAACGGAAUCCGCGAAGAUUUCGACCAGUUUGGCCCCAUUGUCGAAAUCUUGCCUGUUGUUUCCAGAAAGUUGUGUUUUGCUGUGCAAUACUUUGACGUGCAGUCUGCUAUAGCCGCGAAACAUGCCAUCCAAACCAAAGGUGAACUGGCUCCUGGACACAUGAGUGUCAAAUAUAAGGACUGGUACAUAUGGUACGGACGAGAUCCGGCGGAUAAGCCAGCUUUGUUUGUUUAG